GGGUAAGGCAGCAGUAUAAAGGGGCCUCAGUCAUCGCUGUUUACACACAGUUCCUGACUCUUGCAGAGCUGCACGGACAAUCAUGGCUGCAAAGAAAAUCGUCACAGUGUUCGGGGCCACAGGGGCUCAAGGUGGUUCAGUUGCCAGCGCCCUCUUAAAGGAUGGCACCUUCGCGGUCAGGGCUGUCACCCGAGACAUCACCAAACCAGCAGCAUUGAAGCUGAAGGAGGCCGGAGCGGAGGUCGUGUCUGCAGAUCUGGACAAUAAGAAAAGCCUGGAGGCCGCACUGAGUGGAGCUUAUGGGGCAUUUGUGGUCACCAGCUUCUGGGAUCACUUCAGUAAGGACAAGGAGGUGCAACAGGGAAAAGAUAUUGUGGAUUUGUGUAAACGCCUGGGCCUGCAGCACGUGGUCUACAGCGGACUGGAGAAUGUCAACAAGCUGACCAAGGGGAAGCUGGAUGUUCUUCAUUUUGAUGGUAAAGGAGAAGUGGAGGAAUAUUUCAGAGAUAAAUCCUGCCCCAUGACCAGCGUCAGACUCUCCUUCUACUUUGAGAACUUUCUAACCAAUGGCAAACCACAGAAAGCGAAGGAUGGGAAGAGCUACGAGCUGGUGAUUCCCAUGUGUGAUGUCCCCAUGGAUGGGUUCUCUGUGUCCGAUCUGGGUCCAGCAGUUCUCAGUAUCCUGAAGAGUCCAAAGGAUUAUAUAGGAAAGGACAUUGGACUCAGCGCAGAGAAGCUGACGGUAGCACAAUACGCUGAGAUCAUGUCCAAGGUUUCCGGCAAGACCAUCACAGACCCCAAGAUCCCCCCGGAGGUGUACGAGAAGCUGCCCUUCCCGGGGGCAGAGGAAAUGGCCAACAUGUUCAAGUUUUACCAGAUGGUCCCGGACCGGGACGUGGCCCUCACCCACAAGCUGAACCCACACACCAAGAAGUUCAAGCAGUGGUUGGAGGACAACAAGGAGGCCUUCAACAAAGAUUUGUAAAAUGGGGGAUCAGGA